GUUCUCGACAUUCCACAACAACAUCACACGUUACAAUCCUUCUUCUUCUUCACCUCCUCCUCCUGUUGUUAUCUUUCCUGCUGAGGUCGAGUUCCAUCAUGGGAACUCCGCCGCACCUCAAAACCGUUUUGUUCGGUUUGUGUUCAGUCUUUGUGGCCGUCGGAUUCGCAAGCGCUGCAACGCAGACCGAGACGGUGGUCUCCGUCGUCGGUGCUACCGAAUGCUUGGACUGUGCGCAGAAGAGUAUCAAGACUGAGAACGCUGUCAAAGGACUACGUGUAGCCGUCAAGUGCAAGGUGAGCGACGAGCAGUACGAGACCAAAGCCACGGGCGAGCUCGACAGCAACGGAAACUUCGAGGUGAAGCUCCCGAGCGAGCUUCUCCUAGACAACGGCGACCUGAAGCACGAGUGCUUCGCGCAGCUCCACAACACCUCCAACGCACCUUGCCCUGACAAGAACAACGCCCUCAACCCUUCCAAGCUGAUCCUCAAGUCCAAGGACGAGGGAAAGCACACGUUCGUUGCGGCGUCCGGGAAGCUGUCCUUCUCGUCGGCCACCUGCGCGUCGGCCACCUUCUACCCCUGCCCUCCGCUGGCAUGGAAAAAGAAGCACCCCAAGUUACAUAUGCCACACUACAAAUUCCCACCCAAGUCUCACUACCACCCACACCCAGUUUACAGCCCCCCUACCUACAACCCACCUGCGCCGGUGCACAGUCCGCCAUCAGGGGGAUACUACCAACCACCUGCGCCGAUGCACAAGCCGCCGUCAGGGGGAUACUAUAACCCACCUGCUGCGCCGGUCUACAAGCCGUCCCCGAUGCCUCACCACGAGCACCCCACGAUCAAGUACCAUCCGAUGCCCAAGAAGACGUUGCCUCACAUGAAACAUAUCCCGCAUAUCCACCAUGAUCACCCCAAGUACAACAAGCCGAGCUUCCCACCGGCCAAAGUGCACAGCAAGCCGUAGACCCCCCCGUCGAGCAGAUAGCCGAUGUGUCGUUGUCGUUACUUGUAGUGGUUGAUGCUAUGCGUAAUAAUGCCAGAUCUAAGGAUAUGUGUGUGUGUACGUUCUGGUGUAAGAGCAGUCUUUAUAGCUUCUUUUUUACAGCUGCUAUCGUUCUAUUCCUGUACUGGUUCUGUUCGCGACAGCUCUUCCAAUCGGGUUUGCUGUCCGUAGAGACUUAAAUAAGUGAAAUAUCAUUUGGUCUUA